AAAUAUUAUAAUUUUUAUAGAAAAAACAGUUAGAAUUUGAUGAACCUCAUGGUAAUCGUUGGAAGAGUUUAAUAGUAACUAGAGGGUCAUUUGGGCCAGAUGAUAGUGCAAUGAAUUACGUUGCGGAUCUAAAAUUUGAUCACCCAAUACGAAUUAAGGAAAGAGUUAAGUAUGCAAUCCGUCUAAGAAAUUAUGGUGGCCGAACAAAUAACGGUGAUAUGGGGUUAAGUUGUGUAAAAGGACACGACAAUACACUUUUUUCAUUUAAUACAUGCUCGUUAAGCUUAAAUGGAACCACCCAAUCUCGUGGUCAAAUACCCUAUAUACUCUAUUAUAGUAACAGUCAUGAUAAGAAUUGCGAUUUUGAACGUAAAGUGUGUAAUAAACUCAAAGCUCGUGAGAGUACUUUAUCAUUGUUGAAAACAGUUGUAGAAAAGUCAAUGGAGUUGAUAAAUAUGAGCAUUGAAAAAUUAAAAAAAGAUCCACUUGUGUAUAAAUAUUUAGGAGAAUCGGCUAUUGUGAAUGUAUUACUUCCGUUGGUGUUGGCGCAUAUUGGCCCGCUGACAUCUUUUUCCAAAGACGCGAAGAGCGCUAUUCAUGUGUUGGAGCUCAUAAACAAGUUGCUACCGGCUGUGACGUCCAUUAAUUUGUACUCCGCUAACAAAUUAGACGUAAUGCAUAAAGACCUGAGUGAUAAAUUGGAUGGGUCAAAACAGUUCGGAAAGUUCAAAUCCUCCAAAACUGAAAUCAGAGACUCCAAAUGCACAACAACGUCCCAUCAUUAUGCGUGGGUUGAAAGCGAUCAUCCAUAUACAGCUGCGACCGUGUCUAAUUACAAAGUUAAAUUCCCAAAAGAAGUCAAAUGGCUGUGUCUAGAGUUUGACCCUCGAAGUUGUACUGCACAGACUGAAGAUUCAUUGCAACUUUACAUACCAAAUUAUCGAGAUUAUAGUGAUGAUGAUAACAAACACGUAGUUACUACUCCUUACAUACCGGUUUUAAAAAAAUUUAGUAAUGAUCCAAUGGAGUGGCCGUUCGCUGCUGUUAUGUUGCCCGGUAACGAAGUCGUGUUUUCACUGGAAACUGCGUCUGAUUAUCUUAAGAACGACAGGAUUUCUCGGUAUGGCUUUCGUUGUCUAGUAAUUGGGUACGAAGUAGAAGAACUAAGUAAAUAUCAAGCUCUAGGCUAUGGUCUCGUUCAUUUGGAAACCGAACUUUCGUUCCUUGGAGGGAUGUGCGUCUCAACACUCUUAAAAUGUGAUAUAAUUUUACCCAACGACGAUUUUACGCAUGGCUUGGAACAAGGUUCAGUAUCAGCUGCUGAACAGGUGUAUGCUAAACACUCGGUAUUAUUGAAAAAAGGAUUUGCGUUGGCGCCAUUUCUCAACAUUCAGCAGGUCAUGGACGGGGUUUUGCCAUUGAGGUAAGUGUGAAUUGAAUGUAUUUCUAAUGCCGAAGUAGAGAUAAUUGUAAGUAUAUUAUAUACCGAUUUGUUUAUUGUAUUUAAUAACGUAUAUUAUAAAUCUUCUAAAUAUUAAAUUCCUUUUGGCAAGUAUAAGUUUCAUUAGAUUAUAGUAAGUUAUUUUUAUGGUGUACCACUGUACCAGCUGUGUUUUUUAAAACAGGUAUUUUUUUUUUAUUAUUAAUUAACCCGCGGCAACUUAGGCCAUUGGGUGAUUUUUUACUGUGGGAGAGGGUACUGUAAGUUUAAACACGCGUGUCUUGGUUCGGCAGAAUUUUUAGUGGGCACCCGUAGGUAUCUGCCAUGUCCGGAUGGCGGAGUAACGUUACCCCAGCCCCACCCGUGGAAAAUUCGAUUUUCCGGGAAAACUGUCAGAGCAGGAAUUAUGAAAACGUGGUCAGGAAUCGGCAGGAAUUGAGUACUAAUUAUUGGCGCAAAAAAAAUUUCAAAAGUCAAAAUGGGGGGGGGUGGGGUAAUGUACGUGGAUGGCGGCACUUCUCUCUGGACACCGUGACUUGCCCGAAGAAAAAUGCCACCCGCGGCCGGCAUCGAACCGGCGCCGAUGUGCGUCGCGACUGACGCCUUAAUCCAUGCUUGGCCACUCCGUCCUCACAGGCAUUUGUAAUAAUACUAUCAUUCCCGUAUUUGUGUUAAAUAACGAAAGUUAUAUUCUAACAAUGACGAAAGUAUUAUAGUUUAAAGAUAAAAUAUUUUACUGCACGUAUGAAUGAUUGCUUUUAUUCACUCAUUUAAAACCUAGCCAUAUUUUAAAGUGUCUCAUAUAUUAUAUAAUUAUUAUUAUUCAUACAUGAUUACAAAAUUCUAUAAAAUACUUAUAGAUCUAUACGAAUUUUCUGUUCUGUAGACAUUUUUUUUACGUUCGCAUUGUAUAAUAAUAUAUACACAAUUUGUCUAAUUGUGUUGCGUUACGCUCAUGGCAUACGUCAAGUCGGUUGGGAAUCGAUUAUAGUCCAUUCGCUCAAUGUGACCGUUUAUAUCAAAUGCAUUGUAUUACUGAGGAAACGAAUACAAAAACAUUAUUGAAAUACAUUUCUAAAGAUUGAAAGUUUAUUAUAUAGGUACAUACAUCGGAUGUCGGACAUUUGUCACGUUUCGCUUACACAUGCAUAAACGUGCAGUGUUGUAUUUUUAUUACGUACUUAGAAAUAAAAACGAUAUAUUCGUAUAAUAUGUAUUUAUAUAUUUUUAUACGCUGCAAGUAUAUAUGUUACAUCUACAUUAUUUGUAAAUAAUAAUUCAUUGUAUCAAAAAGUCGCUACUUAGCGGAACAUCAUAUUAUACCUCAGGCUGCUAGGGUUAUAUUGGGCGUUAAAAAUCCAAAGUUACACGUAUUUCAACAAUAUUAUCUUUAUUUGUGAAGUUCUAAAGGACUUGUUGAGUUAACAUUUUUAGAACUCAUAAAAAUAUCCGUUGUAAAUAACGUUUUUUAGAUGGUUUAAGAUGUAGAAAGUAAUUACACUUGUGUCCAAUUUCUAGGUUUUCUAAAUUUAAGUUUAAAAUGUUAAAUAUUAAACCAGAAAAAAAUAACAAAUUGUGUAUCGAUGUUCUAUAAGUAAUUUAGUAUAUAAAGCAUACAUAAUUAUAUAAAUUAUGGUUGAAAGAGUAAAAUCUUUUGGAUAUUAUAAAUCAUUGGUUAUAAUGUAAUAUAGAAACAUUUUUAUUUCAACUGAUAAUCAAACUAUAGAGAUACCUUGGGUCGCUGAUUUUUGGUAGUUUACAGAGGAUUGAUAAAAAUAUCCGGAUAUUCAAUAAAUUACCUUCCUAAAGACAUUUGAGUUCAAUUUAUGACUAACGUAUUAUUAUAUAAAGGCUAAAUGUGCAGCUUUUGAA